AUGUCGGAUUAUCUUUAUAAAGCUGCUGCUUUUGCCCAAAAUGCUGCAAAAUUGUCAAAGAAGGUUUCAGAAGGAAUAGUUGAAAAUGCUCGCGAAUUCGGACUUGAAGCCACCUCUUCAGGUCAUUACUUCGAGACUUCUGAAGAGAAGAUUCGUGAUAUAAGACGACAGUUAGAUUCUCGCCAUGAUCGCGAAAAAAUGGAUGGACUUAAGCGUUUAAUUGCUAUGAUAUCGAAAGGUCGUAAUGUCUCAGAGUUUUUCCCGGAUGUGGUCAAAAAUGUAGCAUCACAGAAUAUUGAAAUCCGGAAAUUAGUCUAUAUAUACAUAUUACGCUAUGCUGAACAAGAGCCUGAUUUGGCUUUAUUAUCGAUUAACACCUUUCAAAAAGAUCUCACUGAUCAGAAUCAAUUAAUAAGAGCGAUGGCGCUUCGGGUAAUGUCUGGUAUUCGUGUGCCUGUGAUCAGUCCAAUUGUAUUAUUAGCGAUUAAAAAAUGCAUGACAGAUCUAUCGCCUUAUGUAAGAAAAACUGCAGCUACUGCUAUACCAAAAUGUUAUAGUUUGGACCCGACGCAAAAAGAUUCAUUAGUCGAGAUAAUUACCACUCUUCUUAAUGAUAAUUCCUCUUUUACUAUCGGAAGUGUCAUAAUGGCAUUUAAUGAAGUUUGUCCAGAACGAUUGGAUUUAAUCCAUCCACAUUAUCGAAAGUUAUGUCGGAUGCUGGUGGAUGCUGAUGAAUGGGGACAAAUAGUGAUCAUGGGACUUUUAUUACGAUAUGCGAGGACUCAAUUCUUAAAUCCGAACCCUGAGUCCCCUAGGUCAGAUACACAAAAAAAGAAAAAAGCAUUUUAUUCUGACGAAGAUUCGGAUAACUCGCAGGAAUUUUAUGAUAGUUCAUAUAUCUUGGAUCCGGACCAUGAGCUUCUGCUGCGUUCUUGUUCAUCCCUCCUUCAAAGUAGAAAUAGUGGGGUUGUAUUGUCAGUUGUUAAAAUUUACUACCAUUUAGCACCUAAUGCGGAAGCCUAUAAGCUUGGCAGACCGUUAGUUCGGUUAUUGAGAACACACCGCGAAAUUCAGCAUGUUGUACUGGCGAAUAUUGCUACAAUGGCGACUCAACGGCCGUACCUUUUUGAACAACAUCUUCAACAAUUUUUUGUUUUAUCCACCGAUCCAUCUUUUAUUCGUAAUCUGAAGAUGGAAAUAAUGACUUUAAUUGCUAAUGAAAAUAACAUUACUCUUUUAUUAAGAGAACUUCAAGAAUAUGUUAAAAGUCCCGAUAAAGGCUUUGCAACAACCGCAAUACAAGCAAUUGGACGAUGUGCAAUAGAGAUGCCUGAUAUGGCGGAUAGCUGUCUAAACGGAUUAAUGAAACUACUGUGGAGUAGAAAUGAUUCGGUCGUUGCUGAAUCUGUUGUGGUCAUCAAAAGGCUUUUACAAUUAAGACCUCAAGAUAAUGCAGAUCUGAUUAUUCAGUUGAUAAAAUCAAUGGAGCAAAUAAAUGUGCCAAGGGCGCGUGCUAGCAUAUUAUGGCUUGUUGGACAAUAUUCAGAAAAUUUAGUAAAGAUUGCUCCUGAUGUGCUUCGAAAAGCUGCUAAAACAUUCCCGAAUGAAGCUGAUAUUGUGAAGCUGCAGACAUUAAAUCUUGGUGCUAAACUAGUUUCUUUUCAUCCGAAUAAUCCUACAAUCAAACUUUUAUUUCAAUAUAUUCUCAAUUUGGCAAGAUAUGAUUUGGAUUAUGAUAUUAGAGAUCGGGCACGUCUAUUAAGAGGGUUGAUUUUGCUCGAUGGUAACAAGGAAAAUUCCAAUUAUGGUGAAGAAAAUCUGGAGGAAAAAAAUGAAAGUAAAAGUGCAAUAUUGACAGAUAAUUUGAAAAAAAUUCUUUUGGGUGAAAAGGAAGCACCUAUUGAAGAAAGUCCAUCCGUAGGACGUGACAGAUUUAUUAUUGGAUCGAUGUCUUUGGUACUGAAUCAUUCGAUACCAGGCUAUGAGGCAUUGCCAGAUUGGCCAUCAGAAAAGCCAGAUGGCUCAUUCCGAGAUAGUUCGCAAGAUGAAUCGUAUAAGCGAUCAAAGGCUGCGAAAAGUUUAAGUAGUGAUUCCUAUGAACACUAUUCAACACCAGUAUUCUCAGCAUAUGAAAAGAAUAAGACAAAAACAGAUAAUUAUAAUCUUGAUAGUUUUUAUGAUUCAGCAGAUUCUUUAGAGGGUGGAGAAAAACAAGGAUUAACCAAAGCGUCAGAAGAAGAUACAUUUGAGGAGGACUCCAGUGAAGGAACAAGCGAAGAUGAUGAUGAAAGGACAGGAGUGAAUAAUAAUACAAAAACAUAG